AUGGUCACGGAGUGUUUGGGGAGCUGCUACGAGAAGCUCCCUCAGCCGGAGUUGGUGCUGAGCCCGGAGGAUUCGGAGUUGAACUACUACCUGUGGAUGCCUGGUGUGCAGUACCAGCCUCGCCUGCAGAAGAAGCUGUCGGAGCUGCGUUCCAUCACUGCCGAUUCCGAUGUGAUGCAGGUGGACGAGGUCAUCGAGGAAGUGAUUGCGAAAGACGAGUUGGUUGUUAAAUUCGAAGGAGCCGCGACGAACGGCGUGAUGGACCUGGGCACAGCCGCGAACUUCGUCCGCGAGCUGGGAGCCAGCCCCUCGCAGGCUGAGCUUUUGGAGUACAGCGCCACCAACGGAAACUCACUGACGUUCGAUAACAUCAAGGAACUGCUUGCCGUGGGCAUGAACCAACACGAGAACGCCGCCUACCUGGAAAGCAUCCUGAUGUCGCUGUCAAGGGACAAGAACACCAUCAACCGUGAGCACUUCGAGUACAUCAUGGCCAACUACGGAGAGCCGCUGACUGCCGAGGAACUUGCAGCCGUGAGGAACAUGUUCUUUUCCUCCGGCGACGAUAUUUCUUGCGGCGAGCUGGCCGCCCAAAUUGCGUGA